AUGACGAGCAAGAGACCCUCCAAGAAACAUGCCAAGAAAGGUUCCUUCAAGCCGAAGAAGACGACUCUCACGACGUCGAAGAAGAAGAACGAAAAGUGCACGUGGACGCCGAACGAGGACUUGGUUGUCAUGCUCACGGACACGAAUACAAAGACAUGGACCGAGGUCGCCAAGCUGUUGCCGGGCCGCGAUCCCCAUGACUGCCGUCAACGCUUUCAUAGCCUCCGAGCGGGGAAAAAGGGUCGCUGGAGCGAGCUCGAAGCGGCCUGGCUUUGCUACGCGAUGUACAUCACGCAACACGUGCCUCACCACGGACGGUGGCUCCUAGUCGCCCGCAUCGUGGGCACCCGGAGCUACAGACAAGCUGUGCCCAAGUGGGCGGCUAUGGAGGCGAAGGGGACGGCAGUUGUGCUGACGUCGAAGCCGGCCGAGGCAACCGAAGACCAAGAGGCGGCGAUCAACAAAGCGACAAACCUGGACCAAGCACCAACCAUGCCAAUGUUGAUGGCGUCCGACCUGUACACGACGUGGACAGAGGUCACAGACGAGGUCAUGGACGAGGCCACGGACGAGGUCACGGACGAAGACGUCGGUGCAUUUUUGAGCGACGUGCGUUUUGGGGACGACGCGAUGCUUGGUACCACCGUGGACGCCAGCGGUGUCGUGGCCGCCAACGUGACGACGGAUGACUUCUCGAUGUACGAUAUCGGGAUCCAAGUGCCCUGCCCGAUGAAGGAUUUUGCGCCCGCGCCCGUCGCCACUGCCACCCUCGUCCACGUCGCCAGUGCGAGCGCCGCUGCCGACUGGUUCCGCACCGAUUUUCUGCCCCGCUUCCACGCGCAGCAAGUGGCCUAG